AUGGCUACCUUGGUUUUGCCACUGUACUCGAUCCAAGGUCCUACAAUCAAUGUGGGACCUGAGAACACGGAUUGGCCUCGUCAACAGGAUCCAGCGAUGAUUGCACCUUAUUUGUGCAAGCAACAGGUUCCUCAAAGCGGUAAUCCUGCACUUCGCGCUGGCAUUUUCUAUCGCCUCAUAUUGCGCCAGUCUUUGUUCGGACAAGAUUCCAACUCGAACUUGAACCUUGGCGGUACAAUGCAACAGAGCACCUUUUUCGGUCAAAAACCUGAACUGGCCUGCCCAGGAACGCCGGAAUCGUAUGCUAGGUGUGAUUCUCAAAGCGACUACUUUCUCGAUGAGAUGAUGAGAUGGCUACAAGAAGGCGUUGCUGGUGCUUCAAUGUUCCGUGCAGACGCUGCCCUCGUUGUCACUUGGCAUAACACGGCCUCUGCUAUUGCCGGUAGAUCAGAUAUCGAUGCUGGACAAAGUGCUACCUAUCAAGUAGGAUUACUGCCAACGAAAACGAUUUUCAGGCUAUUGGAUGCUGACGAUCAGCCAGGACGUCUAUCGUACGUUAUUCUCAACUACGAUCGGCUAGGUUUUGAUGCUCAGGACUUCCGGGCGAAUUCGAGGAGUGGACGCUGCCGAGUAUGUCCUUGA